AUGCAAAGGAAGCCACCGCAAAGAAAUACAGCGCAUAGUGGAUCUAUGGGGUUAAAGGCGGAGCGCUUCAAAGUGCUUCCUUCAGUCACUGGAAAAAUUGGACCUGGUUCGUAUGAAAUUAAUCAAACUACUUGCAUGAAGUCCAAAGUAAUGAGCAAGCCAACAUCUGUUCUUGGAGUAUGUCUAAAUCAAGCAGUGCGUUUUCCAACACUAAACCAGAAUACUCCAGGAGUUGGAAAAUACGAGCCAAAAACAUUUAUUGAUCUCCUCAAUGCACGAUGCACAAGGUCAUACGAUAAAAACUACGCAAUCGGUCGUAACGUAGCAAAUGAUAGUCGAUUUGCCAUGUCCAAGUCAGGACUGUUGAAAAAGCGACAAAGUAACAACUCGGGACAGGUUAAAAACCUUCAAGAGUUGAUUGGAAAAGAUGAUAUUUUCACAGACAAGCGAGCGUGUCGAAGAAUGGCAUACUUGUCACUCUACUACGAUUAG